AUUUACGGCAUGGACUGCCAGUGAGUAAGUUCAAGUCGGCUGCUUUCUGGUUCAGUUUCGGGGUCUUAGAGGCAGUCUGGGAGUCCCGCAAGGAGAAUCUGAUCUCCUCCUGCCCUACCCCUAUUGCUGGGAGUUUGGAGACUUUUCCCGGGAGACCGUCCCAGGAGGAGGAUGGGCGGCAGAGGCAGCAAAUUAAACUGCUACAAAUCCCCCAACAAGAGGCACCGAGAGGAAAGGCAGCCACCAAGGCCUGAGCCCAUUGAGCUGGACCCCCUGCAAAAAGACAAAGAUCCAAAUCCCCAUCUUUUCCACGAUGAGCAGCAAGAACUGGACAUGGUCCAUGUUCUCCAGAAGCAUCAAGAAGAGUCAGAGAAGCUGAGACCAGAGCAUCAGACCAGGGAAGUAGAAAUCCAGGUGGUGGAUGAACAGGAAUUAGAGCUUCGUGAAAAACUUGCUGAGCAGCUCCAAGUACUGAAAAGGGAGCAUGAAGAGACCUUGCAAGCACUCCAGGACUCCCAUGAAAAGGAGAAGGUGGUCCUCAUGGAUUCCUUCCAGGUGGCCAAGGCAGCGUUACAGGAGACCAUAGAUGGACUAACUUCUCAAAUGGAGGUCUUCCAAGCCAAGAUGAAAAGAGUAGAGGAAUCUAUCCUGAGCAGAGAUUAUAAGAAACAUAUCCAGGACUAUGGGAGCCCCAGCCAAUUUUGGGAGCAGGAGUUGGAGAGUCUGCACUUUGUCAUCGAAAUGAAGAAUGAGCGUAUCCAUGAAUUGGACAGGAGGCUGAUCCAAAUGGAAACAGUGAAAGAGAAGAACCUGUCAUUAGAAGAGAAAAUUACAGUACUUCAGCAAGAGAAUGAGGAUCUUCAGGUUCGGGGACAGAACCACCAACGGGUAUCAAGGCAGCUUUCAGAGGACCUUUUUCUUGUCCGUGAGGCCCUGGAGAAAGAGUCACAGCUCCGUCAACAGAUCCAACAGGAGAAAGAAGAGCUGUUAUAUCGGCUUGUCACCAGCGAUUCGCCCACAGCCUUUCCACUGACCUCUACCAAAGUGUCCUAUGUUGCCACGUAGGCCAGGAACUCCAGCUGUGGAGAUGUUGAAGGAGGGCCAGUGGACAAAAGAAAGGGAGUAAUCCAGAAGACCUCCCUUCUCCAGGCCAUUGGCCUUGCUAGCUGCUAUCAGGGCUGUUCUCUGCCAUUACAGGCAUCCCAGGGACUUCUCCCGAAACCACACUAAACCUUUCUUGAUGGACAAUAGGAGGCAGGAAGGGGAGCUUUUCUUAAGGGGCAGCUCAUGUAGGGGAAAGAACACUGAGCUGACUCCUCUGGGUUCCUGUCCUGGCUCAGUCCCAGACUCACUGUGUGACCUCGAGCAAGUGACUGCCCUUCUCAUAGUCUCAGGUUUCUCCCCAGUAAAGUGAAGGGGUUAGAUGAGAGGAUGGCCACAAACUCGUCCCCUUGUGGCAUCUACAAGUUCUUUGCCACCUAGUUCAGGGUGAAGAGGGGUCUGGGCCUUAUUUUCUGAUCCUUGGAGGUUAAAGGACACCUAUUCUCUUUGCUCUUUGGCCUCAUAAGCAGAUAUGUCCUAUCUUCUCUCUCCUGUCAAAAUUCCCCUUCCCCCAGUAACAGAGGAACAAGGGUAGUAGGGGGAACUGGCCUCCUGAAUCUCAGAGGCUAGAGCCACUAUAGAGCAAGCCCAUUGUUUUAGGGCUCAGGUCACUGUUGUUCCUUCCCUCCCCAUGGGGCAGGAUCCUCAGUGGCCCCAUCAUUGGCCUGUAGCCCCUUUGGUCAGCCAGCUAGGGACGAUACUGAGGCAAUGUGCCACCCUCCAGCUCACAGAUCAUUUCUAUUUGUCUGGAUACCCAAAAAUGAUGCACAACCCCCUGGAUUAGAGAAAUCCUCCUGUCAAGCCACGCAAUCUUCAGUCAUCCAACUGCCCUUCCUCAGUCCUCCUCAGCUGAACUGAUACAGGUCCAAAAAGCAAGGUUAGGGCUACAGGUGUGAGAGAAGCUAAAGGAGACCCACCCCCUUUCCUGGCCCACCCCCUCCCUCUACCCUCCAGUCAGGGCUCAGUUACUGGGAAAGAUGAAAUACUAGGCUGUCCCUUGCAGGUUAGCACUUUCAUGGCAGCUGGAGAUUUCUUUUGUAGUUGAGGAAAACUGGGACCUACUUUCCGGUGCUCCUCUUUUUCCCUCCUCCUCUUCUUUUUUUGACUUGCCUUCCUUUCCAAGUCUGUAAAUUUGAGAGCAUCUAGCACUAUCUCUGCCAUUUGCUCACUGUGUGACUUUGGGCAGACAAAAUCAGAGCUAAAAGGGGCAGGGGAGGGGCCUGCCAAAUGUCAAACAGGGAGUGAGUGGCCGAGUUGGGAAACAGAACCCAGAUUUCCUGCCUCCCACUGCUCUUUCCACUGCAUUGGCUCUUUGGGGCUCAUUUUCCCCAUUUCUAAAAGGAAGGGAUUGGACUAGAUCUCUUAGGUCCCUUUUAGCUCAAAUUCUGUGAUUUUAUAUAAUCUUUUGACUAGAAGAUCUCUCAGGACCCCUCCACAUUUAACUUCCUUGGGGGUCUAUAAUUCUGCGAUCCACUCCUCCAUGGACCUACAGUGUUACCACACUAUGCCUGGGUCCUCGAGGGAAGAUGGGAACACUCAAGCACUUUGCAAGGGGAAUACCUUGGAAAGGGGCCAAGGUUGUGAGCCAGGGCUCCAGACCUUGAUCUGAAUCCUGCACUUCCCUUCAGGUAGCACUCCCAUGUGUGUGAAUGGUGUAUGGGUGUAUGUGUGUGUGUGAAAGGUGUAUAUGCAUGUAUUUGCACCACAUGAAAGGUGUAUAGUACAGUGUGUGUAGGAAAGGCUACAGUGAGCCAUUGAUACAAGGUUUUGAAAAAAGAAAUUGAAAUAAAAAUAUUGAAAUAAAA